AUGAAGUGCCUUUUGAUCUUGGUUUGCCUGACACUCUAUUUGGCCUGCACUGACGCACAAAGUAAUUGCGUAGGACGUCCUAUUAAUCAGGUAUGCACUGGCAAUCAGGAUGAAGGAAACAGUAAUACACGCUGGUGCGGCUUGACUGCCAUGAACGAAAUGUGGUACUGGAGUUCGAGGACCAGAAAGUGUGAAAAGAUGAGGUAUCGCGGCUGUGGCGGCAACAAUAAUCGCUAUUGCAGUAACCGAGAUUGUACAUUAAAGUGCAGACGAUAA